UUUUCUCGUUUUUGGAUUCUUCCUAUUCCCGUAUUAAUCGUCACCCCCCUAUAACGAGUAAUGGUUCGUUCUCUCGAGGGCCAUAGAGAUGACUGAGCGGGACAGAGGUGAAAGGUGAAGAAGACUUGAAGAAGAUAAGUUGUUGGAUUGAUGCUGCUUGUCUUAUUAUAAUUCCUGCAUCACUGAGGAGUAGAUAUAAAGAUGGCUGGCUCUUUCCUUCAAACUUCAAGGCUAUUGCUUCAGAGCUGCUCAGGAACUCCGAGCUUCCAUGUGUGCAAGUUACAUAUGACUAGCAGUAUGGCAGCAAAAGAGCACUACAAAGUUCUAGUAGUUGGUGGUGGAAGUGGUGGAAUUUCAAUGAGUGCACGAAUGAAGAGGAAAGUUGGAGCCGGAAAUGUUGCAGUCAUAGAGCCAAGUGAGAAACAUUAUUACCAGCCACUCUGGACUUUGGUUGGAGCUGGUGCAAAAAGUAUCAGUUCAUCAGAAAGGUCCACCUCCAGUGUCAUUCCAUCGGGUGUGAAGUGGAUUCGAUCCAGAGUGCAAGAGUUUAACCCAGACAAGAAUUGUGUUCGCACAGACAAAGGCAGUGAGAUAUCGUAUGAGUACCUGAUUGUUGCACUUGGAUUGCAGCUGCAUUAUGAAAAGAUUAAAGGAUUACCUGAAGGUUUUAAGUAUCCAAAGAUUGGUUCCAAUUACUCUGUCCAGACAGUAGAUAAAACGUGGAAUGCCUUGAAGAACUUUAAAGAAGGCAAUGCCAUCUUUACAUUUCCCAACACGCCUGUGAAAUGUGCUGGGGCACCUCAGAAAAUCAUGUACCUCUCAGAUGCCUACUUACGAAAGACUGGGAAAAGGGCCAAAGCCAACAUCAUAUACAACACUUCUUUGCCAGUGUUGUUUGGAAUCAAGAAGUAUGCUGACUCCCUGUGGAAGAUUGUGAAGAGUCGGGACCUGAAUGUCAAUUUCAGACAUAACCUCAUUGAGGUUCGACCGGACAAACAGGAGGCUGUGUUUGAGAAACUAGACAACCCUGGAGAAACUGUGGUUUUCGAGUAUGAAAUGCUUCAUGUAACACCACCUAUGGGACCUCCUGAUGUUCUGAAAAGAAGCUCUUUAGCCGAUGAAGCUGGUUGGCUUGAUGUGGAUAAAGACAUACUGCAGCACAAGAAGUACCCUAAUGUGUUUGGUAUUGGUGACUGCACUAAUCUCCCAACUGCAAAGACAGCUGCAGCAGUAGCUGCUCAGUCUGCUGUUCUUGACAGGACUAUCUCAAAUGUGAUGAAGAACAAGCAGCCCGAUAAAAAGUAUGAUGGCUACACUUCAUGUCCACUGGUCACAAGCUACAAUACUGUCAUCCUGGCUGAAUUUGACUACACUGGACAGCCUUUGGAGACUUUUCCUAUUGACCAAAGCAAGGAACGGAUGAUCAUGUACUACAUGAAAGCAAGUUUGAUGCCACAGAUUUACUGGCAUGGCUUGUUGAAGGGAUUCUGGGGAGGACCUGGCCCUUACAGAAAAAUAAUGCACCUUGGUUUGAAGUAGCCUGUGGAUGGCAAUGCCACAAGUGACUUCCAUUGUCCUUUUUUUAUUAAUCAACAUAUAUGCACUAUACUGAUUGGCUGCUUGUUUCUGUCAAGACAUAAAUGGAAAAGCCAAGUUAUUUUAAAGCAUUAUCUACAUAAUUUUGCUAUAUAAUAUCUGUAUACUGGAAUAAGGUUUCAUUCACAUUUGCCAUUUUUUUCUUUAAUAAUUUUACCGUGUUUUCUAAACUGUGGAGGAUAAACUUGUGAGCUAGAGUACACUUAGCUGACUGGCAAAUUAGGCAGCAGUAUGUAAAUGGAAUGAAUGACAUAACUAGGAACAUCACACAUUCACUUUGUGAGGGGAAAAAUAACUUUUGUUCUUCCCUUUUGGGUGUCCCUCAAGAAACUGGGUCCAUCUUUAUAGUGGUUUUCCUUUUUGAGCUACAAACAUUGUAGGUACAAAUCUCAUUUAAUCAUUUCAUAAUACUGACAAUCUUUUACCCAUUUCUUUUUGAGUUGCAGAGCAUGAUCUAAAAUCAGAAUAGCCAAAGCACACUUUUCAAUUCAGAAUAAAAAAUGUUAAACCAAAUAUAUAGGAAGGGAUGACCCAGGGGAAACUGAAGUAUAACCAAAAAUGUAAGAAAAAUUCUUAUGGCCCAUGGAUCUGAUUAGACACUGCUUUAUUUGUACUGUCCCACUCUCCAAAUAUUGGCACAUUCAAAAUGUGUUACACUUUGCCAUCAGGCUCCUUGGUAAUUCUUCUUGUUGCACUUCCUUCCUGUUAGGUGUGCUCUUGCCCUGACUGUCCGCUUACUCAAUUAGCUUCUCAUUGAGAAAAAUUGUUUUUUCAAACUCCAGUCAGGGUUCUGUUGAUGUUAACAAAAUCCUGGGGCUGCUGGGUCUCCAUCUUACUUUUUUCAGGGAAGAGGUUCAAACUGUCCCUGACAGGUGCUCGUCUCCUGCCACGUGAUUUCAUGAACACUGUGAAUGCUGUCACCAUUUUGACUGUAUCCUGUGCCAUGUUUGGAACUCUUCUAUACCUCGAGUAUUACUUAAGUAAAAUCAUGGUGAAAUCCUCUGUUAUCCAAGCCUGUAUAGGACAGAGUUACCAGCAUGAAAACAUUACAUUUAUUUUUGUGUAUUACUGGUUGGCCACAUUUUAAGGCCUGAAUCAAGUUUUGCUCUGUCGAUAAGAAUGGCAUUUUGUCAUUGUAGCCUGCAGUACAAGAAUAUUUUCAUAUUCUGGGUGACCUGCUGGAAUCAGGAGUAUAAUUUAUUACUAACCCCAAAAUGUUCACGCUUUUGUUCUUUUCUGUUUCUAGUAUUACCUGAUAACAUUCUUCCAGCUAAUCCCAAACUUCUCUUAGCAAAUUAUUGUCAUGUAAGCAGACAAUUGACAAAAGUAAGGCUUCAAAAGCAAACCACAAUACGGAGUAUGGCAGGAUGUCCACUUGUUAUAUUAAUGCCAUGGUUAAAAUUAGUUAAGAGAACAAAAGGAAGACAAUUUGCACAUUGUUGCUUUUUCAUAAUUAAACAAAAAACAAAGCUGUGCUAGUACUUUUAGGCCAGCAGUUUGCAAUGUCACUGCUCGGAGAUGAUGAUUCUAUAGUAUUUCCGUUCCUUUCACCACUUCAAGUGGUAAAUGUGCAUACAUCUCGGGGCUGUGGCCACUUUUAAAGUCAGCUGUGUAAAUUAGUGUAUGGUGGUUGGUAAUUAACCACAAAUUACGCAGAAUUAGUAGAAAUAACAGUAGUACCUAAAAUGCUAAACAUUAUUAUGCUGUAUGUGUGAUGAGCUUGUAAUUUUGUAAUUUCCACUUCUGAAAAUGAAAUGUCCAAAAUUUCCACACUUAAAAAGUUUAGCUUGGGAUAAUGUGAAUGUCUGCUAGACAUUUGGCUUGUUCUUUGCAUGAAAGCAAUUGCAGAGCUGGUAAAUCUUCGGUUUUGCAACUUUUCCACCACCAAUUUCUUUUAAUUGAUAUAAAAGCCUGUCUUGCACAAGCAUAAACAGGAAUGUCUGCUGAAAUGCCUAGCAGCGCUUUAUCCUUACCAUUUGCAAUAAAUGGCACCAAGCUUAUUUUGGUGAUUUGUUUGUGUAUGUGGUUGUUGAAAAAUGUUAUUUCAGAAACAUUGGGCUCAGACUGUGAUCAGUUAGUGGACUGCUUAAGUGGGUUUUUAUUGGUGUAAACCUUGUAUUUACAAGUUCUGUGCAUACAGUAAAUUUGGUCCAUCUCUAUAGUAAGGUUUGCUUUAUUUAAUGUAUGUAUUUACAGCCUAGUCAGUAAUUUAUACAGUGGGUACAGAAAGUAUUAAGACCCCUUUCAAUUUUUCACUCUGUUAUAUUGCAGCCAUUCGCUAAAAUAUUUAAAUAAAUUUUUUUCCUCAUUAAUGUACACACAGCACCCCAUACUGACAGACAAAAAAAAGAAUUUUUGAAAUUGUUGCAGAUUUAUUAAAAAAGAAAAACUGAAAUAUCACAUGGUCCUAAGUAUUCAGACCCUUUGCUCAGUAUUUAGUAGAAGCACCCUUUUGAGCUAAUACAGCCAUGAGUCUUCUUGGGAAAGAUGCAACAAGUUUUUCACACCUGGAUUUGGGGAUCCUCUGCCAUUCCUCCUUGCAGAUCCUCUCCAUUUCUGUCAGGUUGGAUGGUAAACGUUGGUGGACAGCCAUUUUUAGGUCUCUCCAGAGAUGCUCAAUUGGGUUUAAGUCAGGGCUCUGGCUGGGCCAUUCAAGAACAGUCACAGAGUUGUUGUGAAGCCACUCCUUCGUUAUUUUAGCUGUGUGCUUAGGGUCAUUGUCUUGUUGGAAGGUAAACCUUCGGCCCAGUCUGAGGUCCUUAGCACUCUGGAGAAGGUUUUUGUCCAGGAUAUCCCUGUACUUGGCCGCAUUCAUCUCUCCCUCGAUUGCAGCCAGUCGUCCUGUCCCUGCAGCUGAAAAACACCCCCACAGCAUGAUGCUGCCACCGCCAUGCUUCACUGUGGGGACUGUAUUGGACAAGUGAUGAGCAGUGCCUGGUUGUCUCCACACAUACCGCUUAGAAUUAAGGCCAAAAAGUUCUAUCUUUGUCUCAUCAGACCAGAGAAUCUUAUUUCUCACCAUCUCAGAGUCCUUCAGGUGUCUUUUAGCAAACUCCAUGCGGGCUGUCAUGUGUCUUGCACUGAGGAGAGGCUUCCGACAGGCCACUCUGCCAUAAAGCCCUGACUGUUGGAGGGCUGCAGUGAUGGUUGGCUUUCUACAACUUUCUCCCAUUUCCUGGCUGCAUCUCUGGAACUCAGCCAAAGUGAUCUUUGUGUUCUUCUUUACCUCUCUCACCAUGGCUCUUCUCCCCCCCCCCCCCAAACCCCCCCCCCCAUCGGUAGCUCAGCUAGGCCGGACGGCCAGCUCUAGGAAUGGUUCUGGUUAUCCCAAACGUCUUCCAUUAAAGGAUUAUGGAGGCCACUGUGCUCUUGGGAACCUUAAGUGCAGCAGAAAUGUUUUUGUAACCUUGGCCAGAUCUGUGCCUUGCCACAAUUCUGUCUCUGAGCUCUUCAGGCAGUUCCUUUGACCUCAUGAUUCUCAUUUGCUCUGACAUGCAUUGUGAGCUGUAAGGUCUUAUAUAGACAGGUGUGUGGCUUUCCUAAUCAAGUCCAAUCAGUAUAAUCAAACACAGCUGGACUCAAAUGAAGGUGAUCUCAAGGAUGAUCAGAAGAAAUGGAAAGCACCUGAGUUAAAUAUAUGAGUGUCACAGCAAAGGGUCUGAAUACUUAGGACCAUGUGAUAUUUCAGUUUUUCUUUUUUAAUAAAUCUGCAACAAUUUCAAAAAUUCUUUUUUUUGUCUGUCAAUAUGGGGUGCUGUGUGUACAUUAAUGAGGAAAAAAAAUAAUUUAAAUGAUUUUAGCAAAUGGCUGCAAUAUAACAAAGAGUGAAAAAUUGAAGGGGUUCUGAAUACUUUCCGUACCCACUGUAUACUAUGAUAUCCUUCUAGAGCUUGUGACAUAAUAGUCAAAUUAAUAAUCCUCCAGAAGCCAGCUCAAUAACAAAACCCACCUUGCAUGUUUAAUGCCAGAGAUCGUCCUUGCAAAUUGAGCUUAUGCACAAUUUUUUCAAGUGUUUUUUUUUCAGCAGUUUGAUUUUUUUUUAACAGUUUGAAAUGUAGGAAGUAAUUAAUGUUAAAUAUGUGACUUUGUAAUGUGUGUAUGUAAUAUGACAGUAACAGACCUGUUGGGUUGUAUUUUAGUCAUCUCCCUAGUUUCCUGGCUUGAAGAUUAAUGGUCAGAUGCUGGCUUAUCCCACCUCCUGUGACACUAAUGAAGACAAGUAAAAGAAUAUGAUAGACUUGGGCUGGCAAGAAGUAGGUUUUUGUUUUAAACUGUUAACUUUAUUUUUAAACGUGUAGUUUAAACAUUUUAAUUCAUGUGAAUUCCAUGGUAAAUCUUACUUAUUAAAAAUAGCAUUUUAUGGGGGAAGUAAACGUUUCUAAAAAUCCAAACAGUUGUGGAGUGUCAGUAUGGUGCUGUACAAUGGCUGACCCUGUGCCACACACAAAGACCGUUUUCCCUUGGGGAUUAAUAAAGUGCACCAAAUACCAAAAAUGAGGUGAAGUCUUCUGCAUGCAGAAGUGGAUUUUGUAGCUUGGUGGGUUUUAAAAUCUGUUUAAAAAAAGGCACAUUUUGAAAUUCAAAAGGUCAGUCUAAUUGUAAACAAUCUUGCCAUUAUGAAUAUAAAAUUGCCCACUUACAUCAUGUCCUUCUAGUUUUAAAAAGUAAAUUGGUCAGAGUUGCUUGUGUUGUUUAAAGAUAGAGAAUUAUGGUCUAUGAGUAAUAUUUUUUUUAUUUUGAUUGUGAGGAAUUAUGGUUUAUGUGUAAGCAUUACAGUCCAGUGGACUAUUGGCUGGAUAGUGUCACUGUCAAAUCAUGAAGACAAUGUGUUUUGAUUUUUUGUUUUUAUUUCCCCCAUUUUCUACACUAUUACAAAAUGUCUUUCUAUGAAUGUUUUACAAAAAAGACACAGGGUAAUCUUAGCCUGUAUUAAUAAACUAUUCAUUAUGUUGCUUUAGCUUCUUCGUUUUUUGUAUUUCUGAACCAAGUGGUUUGGAAAAUGAAAUUUUUGUUUUUAAUAAAACACUGAAUUUUAUAAUUUAA